CAGACGGGCCGAAGACGGUGACCACAUGCUCUUCGAAUUCGCAUCUGCUGUGGUACGAAGUUGGUUUACCUAAGCAUGGAGCACCCGCGCAGCAGGCCGUGGACACGGUGCGUUGCCUCGCUUGCUCGAGCAAUGAACGCAUAGGAACGGAGGUUCAUAAAUACGGGGCCUUCCGCAGCCUUUGUAUGCCAUCCAUCAAGCUAUUUGCAUACGUCUUUUUGUGACAUCAACUCUCGCUUCCAUCCUCUCAUCAUCGGACGCUGCGCUGAUCGAAUCUGUCUUCGGUCCACUCGUUUUCAUUUCAACCUCCCAACCGCGCUCUCGGUCACGAGAAAAGCUUAAACCUGGUCAACGCGCUGGAUCGUUCGGCUGUUAUCAACUGGUCAUCUACAAGUAGCGAGGCCAUUGCCGUUUAUAAGAAGAUCCACCCGCACAUCGCCAUCAAUCAGCAUCUCAUGCCAGCCAUGCCAGCCAUGUCACCCACUCGUCGCACUGCUAUCGCUUGCACUGCUUGUCGCACUCGCAAAAUCCGUUGCGUCCCUUCUCCAACUGAUCCCGCUCGCUGCAAUCGUUGCACCCAGCUCGGCAUUGCCUGUGUCGUCAAGCUCGCUGAGGGUGGUGCUGUUGAGAGACGCUUGAAGGAGGUUCAGCAUGUGAUCAAGUUGGAAGGAUGUUGUUGUCGUUGUCAUGAGGUCUCUGAGCCUCCUCCAAUGUUGAGUGAACACUCCUCCGAGGAAGCUGCUUGUGAGGAGCAGGAACAUGAGUCCACAACUCCUCAAUACACGCCUCCGCAAGCGCAAUACUCUCCCACCAACACUCACUACUCGCCGGAGCAAUCGCAACACUCCUCGGUCCCCUACACUCCUGGUCCCGUCUACGAACCGGCAAGUCAGUUAUCGCCUGGACCUGUUCGUCGCCGACCUCAACCUCUCGAGCUGGACUACUCGCCCAUCCCCAUGUCCUCCCACCAACAACCGCACCCUUCGCCUCUCUAUCCCCCCGUGUACACAGGUCCUUCCAUGCCUCCUACUGGUACGUUCUCCCAUGGAAAUUACGACUAUGGAAUGGCACCGACUCAACAGAACCAACUGCAGCCAGUCGGGGAGAUCUAUUCGUCGUGGGAUGGAUUGAACAGCACUCACGGGUGCCACGCUCCCGUCCUCAACUCUCACCAAACUGGCCUCACGGAUCCGUCUCAAGCAUCAUGGCCGCCGAGUCCGCCCAACUCUCUUCCUCCUUCACCGACCGAGGUCGCCAUGAGAAUUUCACAAAGGCCGAGCCUUGGUCACCGAGCUAUGAGCGUCGUUGAUACCGGGUACCCUUCUCUACGUCCUCCUUUCACUUUCUCAAGGAGGGCAACGUACCACCCCGAAGGUGGUGCCGGGUUACAAAUGAUGUGCCAUAACGAGAUGGCUCCUUUUGAUAGGGCUGCGUAUGAUAUUGUUGCUAGCGGUCAUGGUGUCGGAUUUCCUGCGAGUUUUUAGGAUAGCAUUUACUGGGUAUGGAGCACUUAGCAAACUUCUUGGGUGUGCUGGGGAGGUUUACGUAUUGAUAGACAGGAUGUCUUCCCCCUUUGAGUGAGCUGGUUGGAGCGAACCAAAAUGUAUGCUACUUUUUGCAGUUGUGUAUCGGACUUUAAUGGAAGCACUGUCGUUCACGCC